AUGGCCGGGUUAGAAUCAUUCAAUAUGGACUUCCAAAGACACCGACCCUCGAGGAGUAUAUCAGAACACCCAUCGCAGCUACAACAGAAUUUUCAGGACCCCGAAAUGAUCAGACGACAACACCGUGAAACACUCAUGGAAAUGUCUAAAAACAAAGAUAUCCUAGUCAAUGAUACUGUGAACAAAUGUCUAAAACCAACGUGUCUAAUAUUGCAGCAUGUUGUGAGCUAUCCAUUUAUUGUGUUGCGAAGACAAUGCCAGUUACAUUAUGCAUCAACUCGUUAUCAUAUUGUGCCAUUUACAUUAAUUCCAGUAGUAUAUAGACUUGUCAAGACUCAAGGAAUUGGUGUUUUAUGGAAAGGAUUUGGGACAGUUUUACUAAUCAAAGGAAUAACAAUGGCAAUUGAAGCAUUAUUAUCAGAACUCUUUGAUUUACCAAAAGAUACCAAUUCAAUAAAUAAUUCAAAAAGUUUUGGAAAACAUAUUAUAUUAAAAUGUGCAAGUUUGAGUAUUAUCACUCCAUUUUAUUCAGCAUGUCUAGUAGAAACCGUUCAAAGUAAUAUUGCAAGUGAAAAAACUGCAUUUUAUGAUGUCUUUAAAGAAGGUUUCAUUAGACUUCUUCAAUGGAACUGUCCACAAAAAGGUCGAAUGUUACCAGUUUGGAUUAUAGUUGUGCCUACAGUAACAUAUGGAGUUUCAAGAUACAUAGCUAAUAUAUUAGUUGGUAAAAGUGUAAAACACUUAUUAGUUAUGUAUGAGCUACGAAGUUGCAAGACUGAAGUUAUUUCAAAAGAUACUGAUUCUCCAUCUUCUAUUGAUGAACGACUGGAAGCAGUUUCAGAUUUAACAGCUUCCGCAUUCAGUGAUGCUGUUCUUUUUCCUUUGGAGUUAGUUAUGCACCGUCUUUAUUUGCAAGGGACAAGAACUAUUAUUGACAAUUUAGAUACCGGAACUUCAGUAAUGCCAAUUUUAACUGGUUAUGAAGGGCCAUUAGACUGUUUUGCGACAACAGUUGCACAAGAAGGACGAUUAGGUUUAUUUAAGGGAUUUGGAGCAUUGUUACUUCAAACAUCAUUAAUAGUUAUUUUGUAUAAAGUAGUGAAAAUAAGCCUAGUAAAAGUGGUUGAUGCUUAUGCCUCUACAUCAUCAAAUCAAGCUCCACAGACUGUAAUUAAAAAACCUAAUAAUUCAAUUAAUACACAAGAACAGUCCAUUAUACCAGAUUUUAGACCUUUAAUGCGAUCCACUUCUUUUAUGAUGUAA